GGUCAUGUUUCUGAUGAGUGUCCACUUCUCCUGUAGGUGGUAAAUGCUUGUAGAUCAUCUGUUAGAGUUUGUGUUUCCUAAUGGUCUCUCAUUCCAGACGCAGGCCCAGCACACAGAGAGGCAGAUAAAGGAGGAGUUUGAGAAGCUUCACCAGUUUCUAAGAGAUGAAGAAGCAGCAAGGAUAGCUGCACUGAAGGAGGAAGAGGAGCAGAAGAGUCAGAUGAUGAGGAGGAAGAUUGAGGAGUUGAAUGGAGAAAUAUCAGCUCUUUCAGACACAAUCAGAAACAUAGAGAAGGAAAUGGAAGCUGAGGACGUUCUGUUCUUACAGAGGGUGAAGUCUACGAUGAAACAAGCUCAGCUCACACCAAAGGCUCUGAUCAAUGUUGUGAAACACCUUUCCAACCUGAAGUUCAGAGUGUGGGAGAACAUGCAGGAGAUUCUCCAGUACACCCCUGUUACUCUGGACCCCAACACUGCACAUCCAGCCCUCCACCUGUCUGAUGAUUUCACUGCUGUAGAAUACAGAUACACAGAUUCAUCACUUCCUGAUAAUCCAGAGAGAUUUGAUGUGCGGCCAUAUGUUGUGGGUUCUGAGGGUUUUAACUCAGGGACACACUGCUGGGACGUCCAGGUUGGAGACAGUGAUAACUGGAGGCUGGGUGUGAUAACAGAGUCUGUAACAAGAAAAGGAGACUCUGUCUGGUAUUCAGUGUGGGGUCUAGAUAACAAUAAAGACAGUAAUACACUCUGCAUACGCUGUCCAGGACAGCCAGAUUACUAUGACACUCCUAAAGAGAAGCUGCAGAAGGUCAGAGUGCAGCUGGACUGGGACAGGGGGAAAGUGACCUUCACUGAUCUUCUAACUAACAAACACCUGCACACCAUAACACACACUUUCACUGAGAGAGUUUUACCCUUUUUUGGUAAUGGGAUUGGUCAUCUGAGGAUCAUACCAGUGAAGACGUCAAUAACAGUGGAAACAAAUGUUUAAUUUAUGCAUUUUUUAAUUCAAUCAUUAUUUUUGUAAUUUAUGUAAAACACCACAUUUUAGUCAUAAAAGUAUCACUAUCCUAGCCUUAAAUACUUAAAAGUAUGAAAAAAUGAUAACACAGCAAAGCACUAACAGUCAGCAGUAAGCUCUCUGUGUCCUGCAUGUCUUCAAAGUGUGUUACAGAGAAGGCAUCAGGCUUAGCAUCACGAUAGCAAUGACCAUCACAAGACCCCCUGUGUGGACAGAUACUCUUAAGUGCAUUUCUUAAAGCUUCAAGUCUCCUGCUGGCUAUAAGUCUCCUGCUCUCUGGCAAAU